UCCUUACUUUGCAUGACUCUCUCUUUCUCUCUUUACUUUCUCUCUACUCUCUUCUAUAACUAUAUUACUCUUCUUACUCCCCUCAUAUAUAUAUAUACACACACAUAUAUAUAUAUACAUAAUUAGGCAAUAUUUGCAAACAUUUCUUCCUAAAAAGAAAAAGAGAGCUAGCUAGUGUUUAAUUGCAUUUACUGCAUGGAUCCUUCAACUGGACAAAAUUUGCAGGAAAUGAGUUCAUCAGAUUCACUGGGAAACAUGUUAGUGGGGUCAAAGCAACAAAGUCAACAUCAAGAUCAGAGGAAACAAACAAGUAAGCCUCAUCCAGAACAAGCCCUAAAAUGCCCAAGAUGUGAUUCAACAAACACAAAAUUCUGCUAUUACAACAACUACAGUUUAACUCAACCAAGGUACUUUUGCAAAGCAUGUAGAAGGUACUGGACUAAAGGGGGUACUUUGAGAAAUGUUCCAGUGGGUGGAGGGUGCAGGAGAAACAAAAGAUCUUCUUCUAAUAAUAAUAAUAACAACUCAUCAUCAUCAUCAACUGCCACAUCAUCUGCCACAUCAUCAUCAAAAUUGAUCAAGCCUAGUCAUCAUCACAACUCACUCCUAUUGCUUCCCCAACAACUUUCAGUUAUUGGGGGUAGUAAUAGUAGUAGUGGUUAUGACUCAAAUGACCUUAGUCUUGCUUUUGCUAGGCUCCAAAAACAGUCAUCAUGUGGGCAGUUAUUAGGUAAUUUUGAUCAUGGUUAUGAUCAUAAUCAUAAUAAUAAUGAAUUAAUUGGGAUUAAUAAUAGUAAUAUUGGGUUUCUUGAUGCAUUAAGGAAUGGUUUUCUUGAUCAAUCAUCUCAUUCCAACAAUAACAAUAAUAUGUUUUAUGGAUUUGGGAAUGGGAAUGAGAUUAAUGGGAAUGUUGUUGUUGGAAAUGAUGAUCAAAAUUUGGGUAAUCAUCAUCAUCACAUGUCUUAUAAUGAUCAUGAUCAUGAUGAUAUGAUGAUCAAACAAGAGCUGAGAUCAUCAUCAUCAUCAGAUCAUAAUAAUAAUAAGGUUUUGUGGGGAUGUCCAUGGCAAUUGAAUGGAUCAUCAUCAGAGAAUAAUAAUCAAUUUCAUGGAGGAAUGGCUGAGAUUGAUCACACGGCUGGGAGAGAAAGUUGGAAUGGUCUUUCCUCAUCUUGGCAUGGUCUUCUUAAUACUACUCCUUUAAUGUAGUUACUUAUGUUAUUGCACUUUUUUUUUUCUUUUGGGGGUGUUUUUUUUUUUAUUAAUUAUUAUUAGUGUUUUUAAAUGGAUGAAAAGAAAAAUCAUAGAGUUUCUGUCCUCUUUAGAGUAAAAUUUUCAAUCCCAAAUCUUUAGAGGGUUAUAUUAUUUAUUUUAUUUUUAUUUAUCACCAAUGUAAUAUUGUGAUUUAUAUAUUUACUUCAAUCUUGUUUAGUUUU